AAACCCCAAUAAACAUGGCGGAAUUGAGCAAAUCCAAAUUUCUCGACUUUACCCGGUACCCGAUCGCGAUAAUUUGUGUUUCGAACGAUGAAUGUGGAUCGAAUUUAGGCGGCAGAUGGAGACGUGAGCGAUCGAUGUACGGUAAGAGAUCCUUUCCUUUGUUCUUACUUGUUCAGUCAAUUCGCUUUCGCAGUAUAUUUGGAAUCUUCUUGCACCCCAGUUUAUUGCAUGACUCGGGGACUGUUUUGUUUCUUCUUAUACUCACUUUAAGAUGGGCACACUUAUAAUCGUCGCUUUGAUCUUUCUCCUGCUCUUUCCCUGUUUGAGUGGAAAAGUGGAUGAAACAGUUUCGUGAAAGUUUUUGCGUUUCUGGGUAGGAAUGCUAUAAACAGUUUUGAUGAAAAGGGCAUAAUCUGUAUAGGUAGAAACUUCUGGUCUGGUAAUUUCAUUCGAGUUUGUUGGCAGUUUUUGGAGCUGUGUUCUGUUAAGAACUCAAGUUCUAGUUGGCCAUUUACUAGGGGAAUGAUCACUGAUGCUCUCUAGUCGCCCUUCUGCUAUCCAUCUCUAAGUUACCGAAAUAUAUAUGUUUUCUGAUCCUGGACAGACUCGAUAUUGCUAGAAGGUUAGUGUAUGUUGCUAGGGGUUAUGCCCUAUAGAUUAUCCCUAGUCCUCUUUGCUGCCCUUCUGCUCCAGUGCAACUGAUCCAAUUGCCAAAAUAUGUGGUUGGCGCGCCAUAAAAGAGUUUAGCUUCUUAAACUGAUGUAGUGGGUGAUACUUGUAUGAGAGUUAUUUCUGCUCUAUUCCGAACAUACUGAAAUGUGCUUUUUACAAAUAACAAUCCAAAAUGUUACAGGCUUUGGAAAUCAAGAAAUCUGCUACAUAUGGACGUCUCAUAUGCUUGCCGUGGUGAUACUAGUUUGUAAAGCAUGAAACUACAUUGAGAUUACAUGUUAGAGUCCGUUACAAGUUCUGGUUCAACUCCAAGAUGGAAACUGAGAUUGAAGCUCAUGACAAUUCAAAAACACUUUGUUAGCACAAACAAAACUAAGCAUGAAACUCCGUAAAGCUGUGUUGUGGCUCCUCCAAGUAUAUCGCCCAUACGAGAUCAUAGUAGAGGGAGAAUGUUGAAAGAAGGAAAAUGGUCACUGGCAAGCAAGAUGCAGCAUACGCUGGAUAUGAAAACAUUCUCAGGCUUUCGUUUAGAACAAAGAAAUGUGCUGCACAGAAGGAAACCAGCAUGGAAGCUAUGGAAAGGAAGAGAGACGUUAGCCCCCAAAUAAGCUUCCGAGGCAGUGUCUUGGCAAAGUCUUUGUGAUCAAAUCGAGAAGUGAGGAUAGUAAGAAAAGUUACUAGGGAUGUUACGGAUAAGCAGAGUGCAAGCAAGGAUGCGAUGGCAAAGACAUUGAAUGCAGGCUCCCGUUCAAGAACAGGGAUACCGGUGUCUUCUUUGUUGCCUCCAGGGACGGUCGAUGAUCCUGCAAAUGCAACUGUUGCCACAAGUGCAGCAACAACUGAGCAUGACUCGCUAGUUUUGGAGAGCCAUUCGCUGCCAGUUUUUGCAAGUUGUUUGUGGGUCUUCAAUAAGAUCUGCUUUCUCUCUUGUUGUAUUGAGGAAAGAAGUUGGGUGGCAUUGACUGCAUAACGAACUGCACAAAAUACAGGUAUUCAUCAGAGACCCCAUUUAUAGUCAGGUUUAUCUGGAGAAAAAAACUUAAAAGUUGUAAAACUUCAAACUUAUUGGGCUAAAUGGCCAUGUAAAAUGUUGAUUAUCUUUGGCUAUGGUAGUUUCUUAACUGAACACAUGAAAUACUAGCUGCGAAUCUGUUAGCUUAUUACUUUAUUAGUAAAGUUACUAGUGUUUCUGUUGGCUUAUUAGUUUGUUUACCUAGCCUUUAGCCAUUUAAAUCCUAGUCUAAGCAGUAAUGUUGUUAUGCUUCUCCUUUCCUAGUUGUCGUAGACAAGGUAAUUUCCUCUGUUAGUUCUAGUAGACAAUAAAUUUUUUAUUGUCAU